UUAGCCGGGACUGCUCUGGGUGUUGCGUGUUAAUUUGAUUUACUCCGGGAUUCCGGCUUUCCAAGACGCCAUUUUCCCCCCUUUCUCGCUCUAUCUCGUUCUAUUUAUUCCUCUCUAUCUAUCUUUUAUCUCUCGAGCUAUCUCUCCGUCUGUCUGUCCGUCCAUCUCCCUCUCCCCGGUGCCUUCCUCCUCCCCCCGCCCUCCUCCCUCUGCGCUCUGCGUGCGCUGCGCGGCCGGGCGCUCCCCUCAUCCCCAUCUGACAGAUGAACACCGCCAUGGGUUUGCCGCAACACAAGCAAAAGCACCUUUGGGGGCUGUGGCGAGGGAUUGGAACCGGGAUCUAAAAGAGAAGAGACAAGAAGGGGGGAAAUCCGAGGAGGAAGAGGAGGAGGACGACGACGACGAAGAAAGAAGAGGAAGCUACUAAGAAGCCCCCGGCUGCCGUUUUGGGGAUAUGGUGGCACAUUUGGUCUCUUCUGAGCAUAUUGCAGCCUCUGGGUGACCGGGACAUUGAAUUUGGUGGACAGUUGCCAUUCACUCCCUGGGAUCAUAUCAGCCCUUGCUUCCCUCAUACCCUCCCUGACUCCCCUUACCUUCAACCACACUCGAGGGUGUUGCAGCAUUGUCAUGGAGCCCAGAGAGACUUUGAGCAGCUCCCGGCAAAGGGGAGGUGAGGCAGACUUUCUGCCAGCUGCUGUCACCUCUACAAAGCCUUUGCCUGUCUCAGGUUGUGCAGGGGAGACAAUGUCUUCAGCAGGCGUGGGGAAAGGGAUCCCAGUGAGCAGUGAGAGGCUGGAGCCCGAAGAAGAGGAUGAGCUGGGUUCCGGAAGAGAUGUGGAUUCCACUUCCAAUGCAGACAGCGAGAAAUGGGUGGCAGGAGAUGGCCUAGAGGAGCAGGAGUUUUCCAUCAAGGAGGCUAACUUCACAGAGGGGAGUUUAAAGCUAAAGAUCCAGACCACCAAGAGAGCAAAGAAGCCCCCAAAGAACUUGGAGAACUAUAUUUGCCCUCCCGAGAUCAAAAUCACCAUCAAGCAGUCUGGGGAGCAGAAGCUUUCCAGAACUGGGAAAAAUAGCAAGACGGCUAAAGAGGAGGACAGAUCACACUCCAAAAAGAAGGGAAAAGUCACUGGAGAUGCAAAACUGCUUAUGAGUUGUGGUUGCAGAAAAGGGAAAAAUUCUCAAGUGAAAGGCUCAGAUCAGGUCUCUGCUGGCCUUAAGAAGUAUGAAUCUGAGAAUAACUCUGAAUUUGCUGAAGAGUCUAUGACAUCUUAUGUACCCCAGAGUCAGAUGAAGAAUUUGGGAAGAGAGUGUGGGUUCCCUAUGCAGAGUCCAGUGACAAAAUCCAUGAACAAGGUUUAUGACAGGCCACAAAAACAUGCUGCUCUGCACUAUGAUCCAGGCCUCCAACAAGACUUCACCAGUGACACCUUAAAAUCAAAGCACCAGCAGAAAAGUAGCAACCAGCACCAUGUUGACUGGUCAGCAAGCUCUGACACUGGACCUGCUUCUCAGAGUUGCUUUAUCAAUGCAGAGCCCAGUAGAGAAGCAAUUAGUGCCACCAAGGUCUCUGCUCUGGAGCCAGGAGUUUCCUACAGCAAAUCCCAGGCCAAGAAGUCCUGCAGCAGCAGCACGUGGGGGCAGCUGUCAGUCAGCAGUAAAGAGCUGGCAAUUUGCAGCACAGUCCCGUCACCCAACAGCAUCAGCACGGCCACCCAGCCGAGCAGUGCCCCUGAGUGCAAUGGGCUUUUGCCUCUUGGAGAUCAAGAGGGAGGUGUGCAGCUGGAGGCCCCCGAUCAGCCCUCUGGAAGUAUGAAGAAGAAGUCCAGCAAAAAGGACUUGAUGAGCCAAACCAUCCAAACCACUGACAUUGAGUGGGUAAAGAGUGCUCAGAAAGCAUUUGACAGCAAAUCCCUUGACAGCAUGGAAGGGAAAAAGGAGUCUUACUCAGUAGAUAGUAUGUUGGAUACAUCACCCCCAAAGCAGAAUCACAUAUCUGCCAGCACUUGUGAAAGUGACACCAAUCACGUACGAAUUACUAUCCCGAUAAAGUCUCCAACAACAGAUGCAUCUGGUCACAAAAGGAAAAAGAGGCAAUCCAUUAAAUCCUCGAUAGAGAAAACUAUCCAUGAGAAAAACCUGCCUUCCAUGCUUGCUUUGAACAGUGAAAUGGCAAACAGGACCAGCUCUCAACCAGAGGGGAGUAGAAAAGAUCUUCGAGCCACAAAGCCUGGAAAAGUGAUUGACAAUGAGUCCCCCUUAGUAGCUAUUGACAGUGGUGUGUUCAUGGACAAAGCGUCCCCUAACAGUGCCACCCGACUCAGAAAACCUCUGCCUGUGACAUCCACUCUCCUACCCACCAAUCUUUCCACAGCUGGCAAAUUGCCUGACGUCCAGCACCCCAAACAUGCAGCUAAGCGUCGGUGGACCUGCAGCAAACCUAAAUCUAUUCUUCGGGAGACCUCCCUGACGACAUCUGAGAAGCUGAUGGUGGAGCCUCCUUCAGCCUAUCCCAUCACACCAUCCAGCCCUCUGUAUACCAAUACAGACAGUCUUACUGUAAUCACACCUGUAAAGAAAAAAAGAGGACGACCAAAGAAACAGCCUUUGCUCACUGUUGAAACCAUUCAUGAGGGGACCUCCACUAGCCCAGUGAGUCCAAUCAAUCGUGAAUUUCCAGGAACAAAGAAAAGGAAGAGGAGAAGGAAUCUGGCCAAGUUUGCUCAGAUGGUCCCAGGAGAGGACAAGUCCAUCAGUGAACUCAAAUUUCACAAAAAGGUUGGGAAACUUGGGGUCUUAGAUAAGAAGACCAUCAAGACCAUUAAUAAAAUGAAAACCCUUAAGAGGAAGAACAUUCUCAAUCAGAUUUUGUCCUCUUGCUCCAGCAGCAUAGCUCUGAAAGCAAAAGUCCAGCCACCAUCCAGUGCUGGACCAGCCACCAUUGAUGCCAGACUAGGGAAGCAGAUCAAUGUCAGCAAGAGGGGGACUAUCUACAUUGGUAAAAAACGGGGCAGAAAGCCAAGGGCAGAGCUGCAGCCUCAGCCAGAAGAACCUAAGACAGCCAUCAAGCACUCAAGGCCUGUUUCCAGCCAGCCAGAAAACCCAGCAGUGCCUUCCAACUUGCAGUCACUUGUGGCAUCGUCACCAGCAGCUAUUCAUCCGCUUUCAACACAGUUAGUGGGGAUCAAUGGCAACCUCAGCCCUGCAAGCACUGAAACUAAUUUUUCGGAGUUAAAAACUAUGCCAAAUCUUCAACCUAUCAGUGCUCUUCCUACAAAAACCCAGAAAGGAAUGCACAGUGGAACUUGGAAGCUGUCUCCACCCAGGCUAAUGGCUAAUUCACCUUCUCACCUCUGUGAAAUAGGUUCUCUGAAAGAAGUCACGCUGUCACCAGUGAGCGAGUCUCACAGUGAGGAAACCAUACCAAGCGACAGUGGGAUAGGUACAGACAACAACAGCACCUCUGACCAAGCCGAGAAAAGCUCAGAAUCCCGCCGGAGAUACUCCUUUGAUUUCUGUACCCUGGACAAUCCAGAGGCUAUCCCAUCUGACACCAGCACAAAGAACAGGCAUGGUCACCGGCAGAAACAUCUUAUUGUGGAUAACUUUCUUUCUCAUGAAAGUAUUAAAAAGCCAAAGCACAAGAGGAAAAGAAAAAGCCUGCAGAACAGAGAUGACCUCCAAUUUCUGGCAGACCUUGAGGAACUCAUCAAUAAGUUUCAAGUGUUCAGGAUUUCCCAUAGAAGUUAUACAUUUUAUCAUGAAAACCCAUAUCCCAGUAUCUUCAGGAUUAAUUUUGAUCACUACUACCCUGUGCCAUACAUCCAGUAUGACCCAUUGCUCUAUCUUCGCAGGACCUCUGAUAUGAAGUCUAAGAAGAAGCGUGGUAGACCUGCCAAAACCAAUGACACCAUGACAAAGGUGCCUUUUUUACAAGGGUUCGGUUACCCUAUUCCCAGUGGGAGUUACUAUGCACCCUAUGGAAUGCCUUACACAUCAAUGCCUAUGAUGAAUCUUGGUUACUACAGUCAGUAUCCAGCUCCUUUGUACCUGUCUCACACGCUUGGAGCGGCUUCCCCAUUUAUGAGACCUACCGUGCCCCCACCCCAAUUCCAUGCAAGUUCUCAUAUGAAGAUGUCCACCACUGCCAAACACAAAGUAAAACACGGAGUGCACCUACAAACCCCUGUGGGAAUGGGCCUUGGAGACAUGCAGUCCUCUUUGGCUCCUCCGAAGGUUGGAGGAACAAGCCUUUCAAGUGGCAGACUUCACAAAAGGAAACACAAACAUAAGCACAAGCAUAAGGAUGAGCGGAUAUUGGGGGCUCACGAAGAUCUGAGUGGUCUCUUUGCUAGCAAGUCCACUGGCUUCUCCAGCCAUGCCAUCAAUGAGAGGCUGAGUGGCUCAGACAAAGACCUGACCUUGCUCAAUGAGAAGAGCAAGCAUAAGGAGAAGCAGAAGCACCAGCAUUGUGAAACUGGGCACAAAGGCUCAAAGAAUAACUUUGAAGUGGAUACGCUGUCUACGCUAUCACUUUCUGAUGCCCAGCAGUGGUCACAGAGUAAAGAUAAAAGUGACUCAAGCGGUGAUCCCAUUGACUCUUGCACAAAGAGAUACUCUGGUAAUACUGAGAGUAAUGGAAGGUCAGAGUCCCUGGACAUGUUUGGAGAAAUAAAUUCCUCAAGUGAGAAGAGGGACAAUGAUGCAAGUGGGAAUAAAAGAAGAAGCUUUGAAGGCUUUGGAACUUACAGGGAAAAGGACAUUCAGCCCUUCAAGACAAAUAGGAAGGAUAGAAGUACUUUUGAUUCUUCAGGAAUUGCAGGUUCCCACUUAAAAGCAGACCAGACUGCACUUCAUGGUAAAAUGGAAAGUUCUGCCUGUAAUGUGAUGACCAGAAGGAAACCAGCAGCUGUUGACAGUGUUGCAAUGCCAAGUCCAGUAUUAUCUCUCCUACCUUCAUCAUCAGUAACACCUGAAGCAGCCAGCUCACCACUGAAGAAAAGGUUCAAGCGCCGUGAAAUUGAAGCAAUCCAGUGCGAGGUGCGCAAGAUGUGCAACUACACCAAGAUCCUAUCCACAAAGAAGAACCUGGAUCAUGUGAACAAGAUCCUGAAAGCCAAGCGGCUGCAGAGACAAUCAAAGACAGGCAAUAACUUCGUGAAGAAGAGGAGGGGACGUCCUCGGAAGCAGCCCCUUUCCUUUGAUGAAGACUCCAGAGACCAAAUGCCCGUUCUGGAAAAAUGCGUUGACCUUCCGAGCAAAAGAGGUCAGAGACCAACACUCAACCCUUUAAUACUGGAGCAAGCAGCCACUCAAGAUACAAUCAUGGCCACCAUUGAGGCUGUCAUACACAUGGCUCGAGAGACACCACCACUGCCGCCUCCUCUGCCUCCUCCACCCCCUCCACUCCCUCUCCCUCUACCCCGGGCGCCCCGGGUUGGAAAAAGGAAAAAUAAGUCCCCGCAGGAAGAAGAGGAGGACGUGAAAGUGAAGCGGCACCGGAAAGGCAGAGGUAGCGAAAGCGAAGGCCUUCCCUAGGGCCAGUGAACCUCAUCAGAUGUUGGGUGCCCACAGUGGAGCACGCCAGGACUGGGGGAUAGGAGGUGCACAGUCCACCUCACCCCUUUGGCAGCGCCAGACUGACCUGUCCCUUCAGCAGCCAGAACUCAUUGCAGAGAGCUGUGCCAGCUGGGGCUCACAUCUUUCCUCUUCAUCGCUUUGACCCAAGCCCCCCACCCCAGGAAAAGAGGGGGGAAAGGCACGGGAAAAGUGGGGGAUACAGGGGAGGAUGAUGUGUGUCAAAGUUGGAAAAAGCAUGAACUCUGCCGAGUUUCCAAAACUAAUCUGAAUCUCAGCAUUGCUGUUCUCAUACCGUACCCAGAGGUGGGAAGUCAUCCUCACAGAGAGCUGAACGUUGUCGCUAAGGGUGCAUGCUCAACUCUGAUUCUGUUUGGUGAGCCAGGUGAAACUAGGAGUAACUUUACCAUAGUAUAAAUCACUUUUAAAAAAAAAAAAAAAAAAAAAAAAAUUAAAAACAAAUAAAAGAAAAAAAUAAAAGAAACAAAGACAGAAACAAAGAAGAAAAAAAAAUAAUGUAAUUUUCUCAACUGUGAUAUUGGUUCUUACCUAUUUGAUUUUUUUUUUCCAGUUUUAUAUACCUUCCAGGCUUUGGGACAACAUAAGCCAAAAUGCCUGGCUCCUUCUAGAACUAUAUAUUUCUUUCUCAUUUACUUGCCUAGUUACAACUAGCUGCAAUAUAGGCAAUAGAAAAUUAGAGCCUUACACAUGUGCACACUCAUUCUGAGUGCUAUCCCAAGAAAUGAUGGAAUAUCACAGCAUUUAAAAUAAGGUAUACACAGAUAUUCAGUUACAAUGGCACGUUUAUAUGAAGCAAUUUGGCAAUGGCAUGUGAAAAAGGGGUCAUCCAUCAGCCAAGUUGUUUUGAUGCUUGAUACAUGUAAGUAGAGAACAGCAAGACACUUCUGGGGAAUAGUUAUAGUAAACAUGGGAAAAAAAAUCACCAAAAAAAGAAUAUAAAAAAUAUAAAAGAAAAAAAAUAGGACAGAAAAAAAAAUCAUUAAAAACAGGGCCCAAACCUACCAAGUUUUUACCAUCUGCAAUUCCCAGUGAAUUAACAGGAAAACCAGAAUAUGAAUAAUUUGCUUUGGGUAGCAAUGCCUUGAUAUUAUCUUUCAAAGAAAAUAGACAAAGUAGAUUGUUUUAAAAAACUAUGGAACAAACCCUAUGGAUAAUAGAUCCUUUCUUGGCAAUUAUUUCUGAAAAAAAAAGUAAAGAAAAGGAAUAAGUGUUCUUAUCUGAAAAUAGAAAUAAAAAUGUUCAAAGGGUAUCACCACUGCAAUUGUAUUAAUGCCACUUUGGACAUGUUCUCCAAGUUGUGGUUGCCUUAAUAAACUAAAAAAUAAUUUUUUUUCUUUUUUGUACAUAAUGUAAUUAUAAAGCUCUCAGUCUGCAUGGAUGCAAACUGUGUGUGACAAAUCGUCUCUUUAAAUGGUCAGUUCAAAUUGUACAUUAAUCAUUCGAGUUGUCCGUUAGCCAUUGAUUAAACUUGGGUAAAAUACCCAAGCUCCAUUUCCACAGCCCUUUUAAAAUGUUUAGCUAAAACAAAGACUGAACAAAAAGCUGUUCCAUUGCAGUGUCAAUGCUUUUAAAAAAGAAAGUCAAUUGUUGAAAUUUGAAAUAGGUAAUUUCAACUUUAUUUCCUUUCUUUUUAAAUCCUGCAGUGCACUGAACUCCUAGCAUGGCAAGAUGGAUAGUAAAAUGGGAACAGGAAGGGAAGAUUCCACCAAGGGAAGUGGGGUUGGAAUUACUUAAUGGUUCACAAGACAAAUGCUAUUCCCUUUCUUGAGAAAUCUUGAAUUGGUUUAUUGCCAAGGAAGCUUCAUAUAG